AUGGCCAUACCAUCGCUGAAGCGGCUUGAAGACUGCGCCGAAUACUCGAAAGUCGUCGAACCGUUCCUACAGCAACUCUACGAACUACCUGGAAAGGCGAUCGACGCCAUAUCGAACCGUGAUUCACUGCUCGACCUGUACACGGACACCAAUCCACUCGUGUCAGGAUUCGCCUUCUCCAUAUUCCUGGGCGGUGUCUUCCUCGUCGUUUCUGAGAUCAACCGCAACUACUCCCAGGUCGAUCGAAUGUGGAGUCUGUUGCCUACCAUUUACAAUGCACAUUUCGCGUUCUGGGCCCAUCUGAACGACCUGCCCACCCAGAGGCUUAAUCUGGUGCUGCUAUUCAGCACUUUUUGGAGUGCUCGGUUGACCUUCAACUACUGGAGGAAGGGUGGAUAUACGGUAGGAUCUGAGGACUAUAGAUGGGAAAUCGUGCGCGCCAAAGUUCCCGCAGCCGCAUUCUUCCUACUGAACGUCACCUUCAUCUCUUUCAUACAAAGUAUAUUGCUCUAUGCCCUCGCAGCACCAACGUACAUCAUCUUGUUGGCUACCCAAUUCGAACCGGAAAUCUCUGUGGCCGAUCUGGGUUUCGCGGGCGUGCAGCUGGGCUUGGUUGUUUCCGAGUGGUUCAGUGAUCAACAGCAAUGGGAUUACCAAACCGCCAAGAAAGAAUACCAACGAACCGCCAAGAUCCCACGGGGAUGCGGGAUUUCCCAGGAAGACCUUGAUCGAGGGUUCAUCACUACCGGUCUAUGGGCAUACUGCAGGCAUCCGAACUUCGCUGCCGAACAAGCGAUCUGGUUUGUCCUGUAUCAAUGGGGCUGUUAUGCAAGCAAGAGCCUCUACAAUUGGGCAGGAUCCGGUGCGCUGUUCCUGAUAAUGCUAUUCCAGGGGUCGACUUGGCUCACGGAGGUGAUAACGUCGGGGAAAUAUCCGGAAUACAAGGAUUACCAGAAGCAGAUCGGAGCACACAUACCAAGCGUCAGACCGUACCAAGCGCCGGCAUCGACAUCGAAGGUCAGACGAGAGAACCCGAAGCAGAAGUAG